AUGGAAAGUCCAGAGAUCUUUGAGUGGCGCAUCGCAGCUUAUCGAUGUUUUCGAGGGGAAACAUUGGACAGACCUGCACAGAAUGGUGGCGUCUCAGAGCCCACUGACCUAACCACAUCACAGUCUGCCACGGAAAAUGUCCCCGGCGGAGUAUGGCAGACGAUAAAGGACCACACGACAGCCGCCCUAAUCGUCAGAAUAUCCGAGUUUGCUCAUCUUGCCGUUCUUCAAGGCAGUGAAGUGGUGGAAUCCUACUUUAUGAUAUUGGCCAAGAAGUGGAUAAAAGCCGUUCGUAUUGAGGACGAAAUCAUGCUGAUGAUUCGCGAGCGCGGAAGAACGAAACGAAUUCGUCUUACCUUCUAUGCUGAGGCGGAGGCUAUGGACUGCUACAAACAUUUGGCCUUCUUCGUCUCCGUAAAGCAGCUCAGUCUUGAGACGCCAGUAUUGCCAACGGUGGACGAGGUAGCGGUGAAACGUUGGCUCGACGCCAUGACAACGAAUGAGUCGUUGGCUUUCCUGCCGACAGCAGCCGCAGCUUGGCAAACCGAGUGGCCAUCCGAGGUUCUGACCGGGCUGGUCAGGCUCUGUCUCAGUGAUCCCAACUUCCCAGGCUUUGUGGGACAGGUUCAAAAGUCGCUGGACCUCCUUAAUGAGCCGAGCUGCAGAGACCAACAAGACUCUUUACAGAUGGAGGACUGA